CUCUUCCGUUUUCCUCUCGGCUCCCGCCCCGCUCCGCCAUCAUGAAGUCCUGAACAAAAACGGACGAGAGCCGAGUAAAAUGGGGAUACCACGGAGCGGAGAGGAAGCUCGCCGAUGGCGUUAGCGAAAUGUCAGUACGAAUCGAGGAACGGAGCGGAGUGGCGGGUUUUAAAUGAGCCAGUGUCCUGCUGAACGACGUCCUCUAUCUGCUCCUGGCGUUGACGUUUUUCGGCUAGCAGCGGUGCUAGCAGCAUCCCGAAGCCUUGGCCCUGAUUUUUCGCCCCGUUAUUCUCCGGUAGACAGCUCCGUUUGUGGGUUAGCUGGCAGGCGUCAGUCAGCCUAGACUGACUGACACCUCCCUCAUGUCAAGUAGCAAAGUGGUGCUAGUUGCUGGGGGCACCAGGAUGGCUGGGGGGUUAGCUAAAACCACGAUGGGUAGACAGAAUGUGGUCUUUUCGUGUUGAAUAGACGCCAGAGCCGAGGAGGAGAGGAGAGGAGAGGACAGGGAAGGGAGAAACUAAGAUUUUCCUGCCAGGCCAGUCAGCUAGCUCCAGAAGCUAGCUACAGUGGAUCCCAAAAGCCACGGCGCUGGCCAUGCCGUCGAGUGUGCGGGCCGGGAGCCUGAAGGACCCGGAGGUGGCGGAGCUGUUCUGCAGGGAGGACCCCGAGAAGCUCUUCACGGACCUGAGGGAGAUCGGCCAUGGGAGCUUCGGAGCGGUCUACUUUGCCCAUGACAUCCGCACAAAUGAGGUGGUGGCGAUCAAGAAGAUGUCCUACAGUGGCAAACAGUCCAAUGAGAAAUGGCAGGAUAUCAUCAAGGAAGUGAAGUUCCUACAGAAGCUGCGCCACCCCAACACGGUGGAGUAUCGUGGCUGCUACCUGAGAGAGCACACAGCCUGGCUGGUGAUGGAGUACUGUUUGGGUUCAGCUUCUGACCUGCUAGAAGUCCACAAGAAGCCCCUCCAGGAGGUGGAAAUAGCUGCCAUAACCCACGGUGCUUUGCAGGGCCUGGUCUAUCUUCAUUCUCACAACAUGAUUCACAGGGAUGUAAAAGCAGGAAACAUCUUGCUUACAGAACCGGGUCAGGUCAAACUGGGAGACUUUGGUUCUGCUUCUAUUGUUGCUCCAGCCAACUCCUUCGUGGGAACACCUUACUGGAUGGCCCCCGAGGUGAUCCUCGCCAUGGACGAGGGGCAGUACGACGGGAAGGUGGAUGUGUGGUCACUUGGCAUUACCUGCAUAGAGCUGGCGGAAAGGAAGCCUCCUCUUUUCAACAUGAAUGCUAUGAGUGCCUUAUACCACAUCGCCCAGAAUGAGAGCCCUGUGCUGCAGUCCAAUCACUGGUCGGAUUAUUUCCGCAAUUUUGUGGAUUCCUGUUUGCAAAAGCUCUCCCAGGACAGACCUACCUCUGAUGUGCUGCUGAAGCACCACUUCCUAUGCAGAGAGCGUCCCGUGACGGUUGUGAUGGACUUGAUCGCGCGAACCAAGGAUGCUGUCCGUGAGCUCGACAACCUGCAGUACCGCAAGAUGAAGAAAAUCCUGUUUUACGAGGCUCACAAUGGUCCAGCACCAGAAGGAGGUGAUGAGGAAGAGGAUGUGGAGGGGUACAUGUUGCGUACCGGCACAGUAAACAGCAUGGAGAGCUCCCACUCUCUGCCGUCCAUGUCGAUAAGCGCCAGCUCCCAGAGCAGCUCCGUCAACAGCCUGGCGGACGGUUCCGAUGACAGCGGGGAGAUGGCUAUGAUGCAGGAGGGAGAGCACACAGUCACCUCCAACAGCUCUGUCCUGCACAAACCUCUGAGCCAUGACAACAUCUACGAUGAUCCCUAUCAGCCAGAGGUCGACUCGCAACGAGAAGCUUCGUCUGGUGGCGGCGGCGGUGGGGGAGGCGGCAGACGUCGACGCCGAGACCACUUUGCCACCAUCAGGACCGCCUCGUUGGUCACUCGUCAGAUCCAGGAACAUGAGCAGGGAUCGGCUCUCAGAGAGCAGAUGUCUGGGUACAAACGUAUGCGGCGGCAGCACCAGAAGCAGCUGAUGGGUCUAGAGAACAAGCUGAAAUCAGAGAUGGACGAGCACCAGCUGAGACUGGAUAAAGAGCUGGAGAACCAGAGGAACAAUUUCUCAAUGGAGCUAGAAAAACUUUCCAAGAAGCACCAGGCUGUCCUGGAGAAGGAGACAAAAGCAGUCCUGACGGAGGAGAAGAAGUUCCAGCAGCACAUCCUGGGCCAGCAGAAGAAGGAGCUGACCGGUCUGCUGGAUUCCCAGAAACGACAGUAUCGACAGCGCAAAGAGCAGCUCAAAGAGGAACUGAAUGAGAACCAGUCCACACCAAAGCGAGAGAAGCAGGAGUGGCUGGUGCACCAGAAGGAGUGCAUGCAACAGCUGCAGGCAGAAGAAGAAGCCGGCCUGCUGCGAAGGCAGAGGCAGUUUUAUGAGCUCCAGAGUCGACAGUACAAGAGGAAGAUGGUGCUAGGACGCCACAACCUGGAGCAGGAUCUGCUCAGAGAGGACCUGAACAAGAAGCAGACUCUGAAGGACCUGGAGUGUGCAAUGCUGCUGCGCCACCACGAGUCGACGCAGGAGCUGGAGUUCCGCCAGCUGGGCGUGGUGCAGCGGACGCGGGCCGACCUGAUCCGCACGCAGCACCAGACCGAGCUCACCAACCAGAUGGAGUACAACAAGAGGCGCGAGCAAGAGCUGCGGCAGAAACACGCCAUGGAGGUCCGCCAGCAGCCCAAAAGCCUCAAAGUGAGUGAGAGCGUCCAGAGCCAGGGUUCUCCUGAGGCGGCUCCGGGCGGCAGCUGGGACAGCGAGGCGGUGCCGGGGGACAGUGGGUUAGAAAUGGAAGAAGGGGCGGUAAUGAUGGAGGUGUGUGAGGAUGAGCCAGAUGGAGCUGUAGAGCUCAGGGAUGUGUUUAGAGAAGAGGAGGUGGAAGGAGCAAGCGUUCCAGAGGCUGAAAGGAAGUAUGAGAUCGAUGAGGAGGUCAGUGAAAGGAAGGGAAGUGAUGUGAGAGAAGAUGAAGACAGGGAGGUAGAGGGGGUGCAGUGGGAGUAUGAGGAAGAUCACAGUAAAAUAUGUCAUGUUGACACUGAUGAAGAGGAAGAAGAGGGCAGAGGCGUGGCCGACGGAUGUCCGUCAGAGCUCAUCUCAUCCCCAGAAAAGAGAUGGCACCGCGAGCGAGAGCUCGACGACCUGUCGGAGUUUUUUUUCCCCAACUCCCCAGAGGAGUUGGAGCCCAGUCCUGUCUCACCUCCCCCUACCUCUUCCCCCACCCAGACCUCCCUUCCCUCCCUCUUUUCUCACGCCAUCUGCCUCCUCCUCUCCCUGUCCGCUGCCGCCCAGCCCUCCAACCUCACCCUGAUGCUGCUCUCCAUCUUCCUCCUCUCCCUCCGUCGCUCGCCACCCCUGCCCUCGGUGGCCUCUGUCGUGCUCUCGGCCGAGCUCGCCUUCUUGGCGCUCUUCUUCUCGUACCUCCUGCUGCGGUCGUGCUGCUCGUUGUCUCUCUCCACCUACCUGUCGCUCAGCCUCUGGGGCAGCGGCCUUUUCAGUUUAGGGCUCUCCUUCAGUUUGGGGAUCUACUACAUCCCCAUCAUCUUAAUCUCAGCCUCUUUCCUCAGCUCUCCCUCUAUCUUUCUUUCCCUCUAUCUGCUCGUGGUGCUUGUUGUCAGACCGGCCCGCAACUUCUUCCAGCAGGCGCCUCGUAAACUCAACCGCUUGUGCAUGCGUGUGCUUUUCCGCCUGCCCCGCCCGCUGUUUGCCAUGUGCCAGUCGGUCCUGGGCGGCAUGGCCGAGCGAAACCUUUACGAAAUGUUCCCCAAAGCUGGCCGAAACUGGGGUGUCCGCCAGUCCAGAAUCCCUGUUCUCUUAAAGAGCUUGCCAUCGGAGCAUCAGGCUCGAUGCAGCAGCACCUCUCACCUAGCUAAGCUGCUUCUGUGGGGGAGGCGUUUCGGCAGACGCCCACUCGGGGUUCUCGCAGACUUGGCUAACACCAUAAUCCUAAAACUCGCCAGACAGAUCCUGAAAAACCUGCCGCUCUGCGUCCAUGUUAAACUCCAAACCCUGGGCCUCCUGAAGAAGGAGCUUCCCAGCAGGUUGCCCCGGCUACUGCCCCGGGAGGUCAGAGAGAGGAGGCAGAGGGAGAGGAGGAGAAGAGAGAAGGAGAGAAAGAGGAGGGAGGAGAAGGACAGGAUGUAUCGCGAGGAGGCCAGAUGGGAGUGCGGGCUGCGGCGAACCGCAUCUGGAAGGUUUGUGAGGGGGAAGAUUCGGCCGUGGAGAUAGCAGGUGGUGAAGGAAAACAGAUGAAACUGUGUGAGCAGCUUCAUCAUCACGCGACCGUCGGCUGGUUGUGUGUUUUCGGCAUCUUCUCUCCUCUUAGAUAAUUCCCAAACCGCUCCAUAGUCCCAUUUCUGAACCACUGAAAUGGAUUCGAACGUAUGAGCUCACAAGUCAUAUCGUUGUGUCCGACAGGUCUGAACAACCAGCAAAUCCAGUGAAUCUUUACCUUAUUGUGCUUUUUGUAAAAGUUCCUUAAACAUUCAUCGAUUCUCUUAUUGUGUUCUUAAUUUCUAAGAAGAAUAUUUUUAUGGUAAUUUUAAGACCGUUUUGGGUUUGUUUUUGGUUUUUUGUGCAAUCCUGUGUUUUCCUUUAUAGUUGUCUUAUUUGAAUGUGCGCACUAGAACAAAUAUGACAGUGUUACAACGCUCCGUGAAUGGAACUUCACUCCUUAAUGCUAAAAAGCUGUGAAAAAAUAAACAAGGUUAUGAUUUCAGAACGAUUUCACUAACAUCACCCUGAACACUAGCGGUCAGUCGGAGCAAAAGUGCAAUAAACGGCUGAGUGGGAACACAGCGUCGGCCAUAUUUACUGGCACGCCUGCUGAAGAAAGGAGCUUCAAAUCAAAUCCAGCUUUUAUUGAGGUGGCAUAAUGUCGCACUGAAAAAUGUAGAAAAAUCCAACCUUAAAUUAGAUUUUUUUUUCUGUGGGAAAAACUCUUAUGCAAAGAAAUGAAAAGUUCCUACAUGUUCUGAUCCGCUUUAAAAAAGUACCUUUAAAUUUGAUUAAUUCCUUAAUUUGUUAGGAAUUACUAAAGGUGCUGAUAAUUGUAACAUUGGUGUUUUUCUUUUCUUUUUUACUGUAAGAGAAAUGGGCCCACAGCAUCACAGGUCCUCCACCAUGCUUUCUACAAAACACUCCUAAUCUAAAUGUGGGCAAGUAGUUAUUUUCUCAUAGCUUAUCAACGCACCUCCGCCUUACUUGAAUGGCACGUUGUCUUUCCCGUUUUGAAGAGUAGCCAAGAGAGAGUUUAAUUGUCCAGUUGGUCUAAAUACUGAAGACUAAAGAUACUUGUAUCACUAAAGAGUGAUACAAGCCCAAAGCAUCACAGAUCGUCCACCAUACUUAUCAGUGGUUAAGUGCUUUUCCACAUAUUUUGCUCUGACUGUAGAUUUGGGCAAGUUUAGCAGAGUAGCUAUCUCCUUAAUUAUGACGAUCAACGCACAUCUGCCUUAUUUGAUUGCCCUGUUUUCCCCAUUUUGAAGAGUAGAGUUUGCCUAACCCCCGGGAAUCAGGAAUGGAAUAUUAAUUAAACCUUCCCAGACACACGGAUCAACUUUAACAAUAAAAAGAAGGCAUAAAGUUGAAACACCAUUUAGUCACAACCAGUGAGUUUAGUUAAAAUAAUUUUUUUCUUAACACGACAAGUUGGAUUUUUCUAAAAUGUUCAUUGAGCGAUUUUUCUGCAGCAAUAAAAGAUGGAUUCAAUUUUAUGUUAUUGAAUUAAAUCAUAUUGAAGUGCCAAUAAAAUGUGGCCUAAGAUGGUAUCUUCACCUAGGAUGAGAUGCUGUUCAAAGCCAAGCAGUGGAUAGUUUGAGGCCCUCGUUGAUCUGCUGUAAAUGCUGGGUUCAGUUUUUCACAUUUAAAACCAUUUUAUACGUAAAGCUGGUGAAAUCGGCCAUCUUUCGCCUUAAUGUAUGCUAUGUUAUUGCGCUGGAUGCAAUAGUCUUGUUAUGAUUUACCAUGUAAACAUUUCCCCUUUUCGUUGUUAAGAAAGAAAAGUGCCUACUUUCAACUGUUUGCACAAAUUUUAGUCUGUUGUGAAAAGACGUAGAGUAGUAGGAGAAAACGCAUAAAAACUAAGAUAUAUCACGUAGUACUUAAAGCAUAAUAUAAAAAAAUCAUAUUUAAUAUAUCAGCAUGACUUAAUUUUAUUGAAGGCAUAUUGCGUUGACAAUCUUUUGAGAUCUACAGGGGCAAAUUGAUGAAAUUUAAUGUGAAUGACGGAGCAGUUCGUUACCAAACGAAGGUAAAUGUCCAAAAAUAUCAACAUUUCAGUUCAAUUUCUUAUAAAAAGGCGUCGAACAAGGAAGAACAGGUCGUUUCAGCCCAUGGGGGUAAUUCAUCUGAUUUUUGGUUUUUUAAUUAAUCAAUAAUGCAGCUACACUUUAGCCUUUUUAUUAUUUUAGUGGAACCAAAGAUAUUCAGUGACCAAAAACUUUUAAGAAGCUAAAACCAAAUAAUUUGUUGAUUUCUUUUUUUUUUUUUUACACAGUUUGCUUAAAAACAGACUCAAAUUAAUGCAAAGUUCUUAGUUUUCAUGCAAGCGUUUUAGCUUCUAACAGAAACCCCGAGGUGCUCUGAUGAGAUCAGAUAAUUGGGAUCAAGUAAACAGGAAUGCAUCGAUCCGAAAUGAAGGAAUAAACGGCUGCCUUCUGUACAGCAGGAAGAAAUUUGAGUCUUUAAAAGAGAAGUCUGCUUGUACGAAUGCAACUUGUUUGGCUUUGAUUUCCAUCUUUGUUCAGUUAUCACCUGUUCUCUUUUGUUUACAUGUUGCAUUGUGUUUUGUCAUGAGUUCUGACUCCCUGAAGUUCUUUCACCCUGUUUGGUUUAAUUUAUGCAACGUUUCUGAGAGUAGAGCUGCAUUGUGUUGCUGUCCUCACUGUAGCUGCAAGGCUUUCUGUACGGCUGUGUGCUGCCAAGCAUUUAAAAACCUUUUUGUUAUAUUUAGAGUUUUGUUGGCACAGAAAUAAAUUCUUUGGUUUUGAAA